AUUUUCAGGUACUCUUGUUAUAACUCAAAACAAUAUCACUCCAUAAUAGCUUCUUUAAGAUCACACCAUGAUCAGUAACCUUAAGCUCGGAGUAGAAGUAGUGAGUGCACACAAUCUAUUGCCAAAAGAUGGUCAAGGCUCAUCGAGCGCCUUCGUUGAGCUCUACUUCGAUGGACAGAGACACCGUACGACCAUUAAAGAGAAAGACCUCAACCCAGUUUGGAACGAGACCCUCUUCUUCAACAUCUCCGACCCUUCAAACCUCCAUUACCUUUCUCUCGAGGUCAACGUCUUCAACAACGUCAGAGUCACCAACUCCCGCUCCUUCCUCGGCAAGAUCAGUCUCACCGGCACUUCCUUCGUCCCUUACUCAGACGCCGUCGUUUUCCACUACCAUUUAGAGAAGCGCGGCCUCUUCUCUCGUGUCAGAGGAGAGCUCGGUCUGAGAGUCUAUGUCACCGACGAGGCCACCAUGAAAUCCUCAAACAUGUCAGCCAAUAAUCAUUCCGGUACGGCUGUUGAACCAGGUAACGAAAACUCGACUCGAAAAGGCGGGUCUCGGCAUACUUUUCAUCAUUUGCCUCGUGAAACUCACCACCACCAUGAUCACUCCUCUUCCUCGGCCGCCGCAUCAACGGCGGCUCCUUCUCAUCUUGACUCUCACGUCCACCAUAACGCUGCCAAAUACGGCGUUAUGGAUGAGAUGAAACAGCCUGAGCAACAGCAGCCGGCGAAGUUGGUCCGGAUGUACUCGGCGACGCAGCCGAUGGACUAUGCUCUAAAAGAAACGAGCCCUUACCUCGGCGGCGGAAGAGUAGUCGGCGGCCGCGUCGUUCGAGGCGGAGACAAGACCUCUAGCACGUAUGAUCUCGUCGAAAGAAUGUAUUUUCUCUACGUGAGAGUUGGGAAGGCUCGUGAGCUUCCCGCCAUGGAUAUUACAGGGAGUAUAGAUCCGUUCGUGGAAGUCAAAAUCGGAAACUACAAAGGGAUCACGAAACACUUCGAGAAAAAACAAAACCCGGAAUGGAAUCAGGUUUUCGCAUUCUCGAAAGAGAGAAUGCAAGCUUCGGUACUUGAAGUUGUGAUCAAAGAUAAAGAUUUGGUCAAAGAUGACUUCGUCGGAAUCGUAAGAUUUGACAUUAACGAAAUCCCACUCCGAGUUCCGCCGGAUAGUCCUCUGGCUCCGGAAUGGUACAGACUUGAGGAUAAGAAGGGAGAGAAAAUCAAAGGUGAGCUUAUGUUAGCUGUUUGGAUCGGGACACAAGCCGACGAAUCAUUCUCCGACGCGUGGCAUUCAGACGCCGCCGCUCCGAUUGAUUACUCCUCCUCCGCCGUCUCCUCCACCAUUCGUUCCAAAGUCUAUCAUUCCCCAAGACUUUGGUACGUGCGAGUCAACGUAAUCGAAGCUCAUGAUUUGAUCCCAACUGAAAGGAAUCGCUUUCCCGAUGCUUAUGUAAAAGUGCAAAUCGGUCACCAAAUUCUCAAAACGAAGCCGUUUCAAGCUCGGACACUCAAUGCCCUUUGGAAUGAGGAUAUGUUGUUUGUAGCCUCCGAGCCAUUCGAGGACCAUUUGGUAAUUACGGUGGAAGACCGAGUCGGUCCAGGGAAAGAUGAGAUUAUUGGGAGAGUCGUCUUACCGUUGAAUGCCAUCGACAGACGCGCCGACGACCGUCCGAUUCAUUCCCGGUGGUUCAAUCUUGAGAAGCCGGUUGCUGUUGAUAUUGAUCAAUUGAAGAGAGAGAAAUUCUCCAGCCGAAUCCACCUCCGAGUUUGCCUCGACGGAGGUUACCACGUACUCGACGAGUCGACUCACUACAGCAGCGAUCUUCGUCCCACGGCCAAACAGCUCUGGAAGCCGCCGAUCGGAGUACUGGAGCUCGGAAUCUUGAACGCCUCUGGGCUCCAUCCGAUGAAAACCCGUGACGGAAGAGGAACAUCCGAUACCUACUGUGUAGCCAAGUACGGUCACAAAUGGAUCAGGACCCGAACAUUGGUGGACCACUUGAACCCGAAAUACAACGAACAGUACACGUGGGAGGUAUUCGACCCGGCCACGGUUUUAACCAUCGGAGUUUUCGAUAACAGCCAGAUCAGCAACGACAAAGGAGGGUCAAACAAAGAUUUAAAAAUCGGGAAAGUCCGGAUCCGAAUAUCGACUCUCGAAACGGGUCGGAUCUACACCCAUUCAUACCCGUUACUGGUGCUCCACCCGACUGGGGUCAAGAAAAUGGGCGAGCUCCACUUAGCGAUCCGAUUCUCUUGCACCAAUUUCGUCAACAUGCUUUACGCCUACUCAAAACCGUUGCUCCCAAAGAUGCAUUACGUCAGACCCUUCAGCGUUAUGCAGCUCGACUUAUUACGCCACCAAGCCGUCAACAUAGUAGCGGCGCGCCUCGGCCGAGCCGAGCCGCCGCUGAGAAAGGAAGUUGUUGAGUACAUGUCCGACGUGGACUCUCACUUAUGGAGCAUGCGACGGAGCAAGGCUAAUUUUUUCCGCCUAAUGACGGUGUUCGGUGGAGUUUUCGCGGUGGGGAAAUGGUUCGGAGAUAUUUGCACGUGGAAAAAUCCGAUCACGACGGUUUUAGUGCACGUGCUUUAUUUGAUGCUGGUUUGUUUCCCGGAGCUGAUUCUUCCCACGGUGUUUCUGUACAUGUUUUUGAUCGGAAUUUGGAACUACCGGUACCGGCCGAAGUACCCUCCCCACAUGAACACGAGGAUUUCUCAGGCGGAGGCGAUCCACCCGGACGAGAUGGACGAGGAGUUCGACACUUUCCCGACGAGUCGUAAUCCGGACUUGGUGAGGAUGAGAUACGACAGGCUGAGGAGUGUCGCCGGGAGGAUUCAGACUGUCGUUGGUGACGUGGCGACUCAGGGGGAGAGAAUGCAUGCCUUGUUGAGCUGGAGGGAUCCUAGGGCUUCCGCCAUCUUCGUCAGUUUCUGUCUUGUGGCGGCUUUGAUUCUCUACGUUACGCCAUUUCAAGUGGUGGCUGCUCUCGCCGGGUUCUUCGUUAUGCGCCACCCGAGGUUUCGUCACCGGUUGCCGCCGGUUCCCGUCAAUUUCUUCCGCCGGUUGCCUGCGAGGACUGAUAGUAUGUUGUAAACUUUGGGACACCAUGCAUUUUCUUUAUUAAUUAUCCAUGGUGUAUGAGUAGUUUUGUUUGUUAUAAUUUGUAACUUUCUAUUAGAAUUCUAAUGUUUUUAGUUUUAUUACUAUAGUACUACUUUUUCGCUUGAAACUUAUACGUAUAUUACCUUAAUUUGCUUCAUUAGUA